UGGUCUUGAUGAAUGACGUUUAAUUAAUGAAUCACAAUUGUAAUUUGAAUUAAAUCAACAGCAUUCAGUUUAUUUGCUGGUUAACAAGUGAACCUUUUAAUUUAGUUGAUCCUCUAAGUGGUUUUUUAAAGUCAAGUUAAUUGUUGCUUUUUAAUUGCUUGAAAUGUUUUCGUCUAAAUUUUUGUUUAUUGUUUUUUGUUUAAAUUGUUGUUUUCUAAAUUCAGUUAAAUGUUCAGACGAUUCUGGGUCCGAUGGAGACGAGAAAGCAAAGGAGGAGAGCAAGGAAAUGGAAGCCUUCAUGAAACUAAUGAUCAAAAGCAGUCAGAAAAAUUUGAAACGAUUACUCGAAACGACCGAUAUUGGUUCAGUCGCUAGUUCCAAAUGUAACGCAUCUUGGCAUCAAUUCAUGAGUGAGAAUCAAUUGACCCCUGAAAGAUUUUCAACGAUAAUGGAAGAGUACAAAUCAGGAAAUCACGACAAGAUCGUGAAACUUGUUCGUCCCGAACAAUGUCUACUCAGUGACAAUGGACAAUUUUGUCAAGUAGAUCAUUUGACCAACAUGACGAUGAGGAACAAGCCAAGAGUUUUCGAUUUGACUUAUGCUCUCUGUUAUCCUCGAGGCUGCUCGAACACUGAACUGAACGACAUACUUUCAGCUCUAACCGACAAUUACAAAGCAAGUAUGAUUCAGGUUAAACUGAAUGUCGUCAAGUGUACAACUUCAAUGGAAAGUGUAACAAAAAUGGAGAUCGACACCGCACAGAAAAUGAUGUCUAAAAUGUCUGCAGGAAAUAAUCAAACUUUCGAAGUUCCUAAAUUCAAAUUACCCGAUUCAUAUGCAACUCAACCAGGACCGUCUUCAAUCAGUGUCCCAUCUUCAGUUCCAUCAUAUGUACCAAAUUUACCUGUGAAUAUGCCCGAUGAUCUUCCCAUGUUCUCGUUUGAAGAUCUUGGUAUUCCAAGGCAUUUCCAACCCGCUGAAUCUUCAGCUCAACCUCCACCUCCUCCGUUACUCACUAUGCCUCUUUACCGGUCAUUCCAACUCCGAAUCUUCAACAGAAUCAAAGGCCAGAAACGACCAGUGCAAUCGAGCUCAUCGUCCCCGACAAGCACAACAUCAUAUCCUACAUUCAAAUGGAGUGAAAGUAAACCCGAUGAAGCUUUGGCCUUGAAUCCUCUCCGUUACCCUGAAGUUUAUUAUUCAGAUGAAUUAUCAGAAUCAUUUAAAUCACCACCAUUAAUGACAUCUACAACUCCAAGUCCAUUGGACAAAACCCGUUUGCUUAAAAUGAUUCCAGGUUUAAUUGUACCAGAUGAAGAUGAUUGAAAACCAUAGAGAUGAUAAUUAAAAAAAAUAUUAAUACUAAUCAGCUCAACGAUGAAUAAACAGAUUUACAUUUUAA